AUGGAGCGGCUGUUGCAGGAAACGUUCCUGCUGGUGAUUCUGCACGGGGCCUACUUCGGCUUCGGGCUGCUCUUCUAUCGAAAAAAGCUGUUCAAAGACUAUGAGGCAAAGGACCCAAUCGUCCAAUUCCUCUUCUGUUCGACAUUCACGCUGAGCUGCAGCAUGUUCCAGCUCAUCAUCUUCGAGAUUGUCGGCUUUUUGGACUCAAACUCGCGAUGGCUCAACUGGAAGAUCGAUUUGUAUCUCAUGCUGGUGGGCCUGCUCUGCGUGGUGCCCUUCUACCAGUUCUACCUCCUCCUGUCGCCCUACCUGUCGGGUCGUAACAAGCGGCUGGCGCUGGCGCUGGCCAUGUCGGUCGUGUUUGUGUGGGGCUUCUACAAGCUCGGCGACCCGUUCCCCAUCGUGAAGGCCCACCACGGGAUGCUGUCGAUCGAGAUGGGCGUGAGCCUUAUCGGAGUCGUGGGCGUCACCGUAAUGGCCUUUCUCUCGGGCUACGGCGCGGUCCAGUGUCCCUACGACUACUCUGCCUACUUCCUCAAGCACGUGUUCCCGCUCAUCGGCGCCUUGAAAGCCGCGGCAAUGGCGGUGAUGGUGAUGUUCUUGCACGUGAACGAGGAGGAGGUGCUGGUGCUGGAAAAGCAGUACAUCCAGACCAUGGACAAGAUCCUCAAGAAGAAGAAGCGCCUGGCCUUUGUGAACACACAAUACAGGCGCCCGACCGAACCGUCGUCGAAGGGCUUCGUGUCGCGACUCGCAGGCUUCCUUCCGGGCGCUGACCGAGGCGACGCCAUGCAAACCGAACUCGAGGCGCUGGAACAGGAGACGGGCGCUCUGGAGAACUUUGGGCGGGAACUGUUCUUGGAGAUCCACCACCUCCGACUCGCGCAGGAGAGGAUCAAGUUCUCGCGUACGAUGCAGGGCCGGUUGUACAACUUGCUGGGCUACUUCCUCGCCGGCUACUGCAUCUACAAGCUCUUCAUGGCGACCAUCAACAUCAUCUUCGAUCGAGUCGCCACGACCGACCCCGUCACCAAGGGCAUCUCGCUCUUGCUCAAGUUCUGUCACGUGGAGAUCGAUGUGCCCUUCUGGUCGCAGCACAUAUCUUUCCUGUUCGUCGGCAUCAUCAUUGCCGCCUCCAUUCGCGGCUUCCUCAACCAGUUGAUGAAGCUGUUCUACGCCUACUCGAGCAGCGUCACGUCCAACAGCAUCGUCCUGCUCCUGGCCCAUGUGAUGGGCAUGUACUUCGUGUCGUCCGUUCUCCUCCUCCGGAUGAGUUUGCCUCUUCAGUACAGAGAGGCCAUCACACAAGUGCUGGGCGAUAUUCAGUUCAACUUCUACCACCGGUGGUUCGACUUCAUAUUCAUCCCGUCGGCUCUCGCCACGGCCUUCUCCCUCUUCCUCGCCGCCCGAGCCUCGCCCUACAAGACCAUCAACACCGACUGA